AUGGAGGCGACUGCUGCUGACGCUGGGGCAGGGGAAGUUGAUCAACCAAGCAAGAUGGAAGAGAGCUCAGAAGCAGAGAAAGUUGAAGAGGAACUGCAGCAUGAAGCGCCUGCAGGCCAUCCAGAUAAACAGGAGGCAGGAACUCCUUGUGAGGAUGCUGGCAAGAGUGAGCCAGAAGCGGUUGCUCCUCCAGUUGUCGAGCUGGUGGCCAAUGGGCAGCCAAGUGAGCCAGACAAGAUUCCUGCAGUCGAUCAGGAGACUGAGGCUUCGAAGCCCCAUGCCGUUGAUGACAAGACAGCAGAUGUGGAAAGUGAACCACCAUUGACAGUUGCGCCUGGCGAGGAGGGUGCCCUCAAGGAUGUCGCAACAUCAGAAGAAUGUGCACAGCCUGAAGCGGCCAUGCAGGAAGUGGGAAUCGACAAGGAAGAAAAGGAGGAAAGCCACACACCAGAGCUGGCUGUUUCCCAAGAUGUUGUCGACGAGGUUUCUUCACCUGUUGUGGCACCUGUUGUGGCAUCUGUUGUGACACCUGUUGUGGCACCUGUUGUGGCACCUGUUGUGGCACCUGUUGUGGAAGUGGCUGCUGAAACCAUACCAGCAGCAGGGGCUGCUGAGGAUGCAGCAGUUUCUGAUGUCAAGGAAGUAGCUGGUGAAACCACACCAGCGGUAGUCACUGCGAAAGACACAGCCAUUCCCUACGUUGUGGAAGUGGCUGGUGAGGACACAGCAGUUUCUGAUGUUAAUCAGGUAGCUGCUGAAACCACACCAGUGGUAGUGGCUGCCAAGGAAACAGCUGUUCCCAAGGUUGUGGAAGUGGCUGCUGAAGCCAUACCAGCAGAAGUGGCUGCAAGGGGCACAGCAGUUCCCAGUGAGAGUGUGAAAGAGGUGCCGCCCUUGUGUGAGGAAUCUGCUGCGUCCUUGACUGCUCAGGAAGCCUCGCCAGAGCAGCCAGCAGCCAUUUGGGCUGCAGACGCUGUUGCAAGCGAGGUAAUGGAUGCUUGCAUAGACAAUGUGGCAGCUGAGUUGCAGGUGGAUGCAAACACCGAACCUGCUAAGGGACCAGCUUUGGUUUCGCGCAUUCCAAAACCACCAGCUGAUGGAACAGCCAAAGGAGCAGAGGAGGUACCGUUGGCAACUGCUGAUGAUUUGAAGGAAGCUGCCCGAUCCUCUGCAGCAGAUGCUGCUGAUCUGGCUGGGGAAACUCUGGCACCAGCAGCGGCAGAUCGAGAGAAGGAUGCCAUGGCAGCUUUAGGACAGUCAGAGGCCACCAAAGUUGCUGUCAGGGAACUGCCCACCAUGGUUGCUGAUGCUGUGUUGCCGAGCGAUGACGAUGUGAAGCCCUCUGCUGACCCGAUCUCAUUGUCAGACAUUGUAAGAGAGCAUGCCACAUCAGAGGAGCACCCUCCUGCUGUGAAGGAACAUUUGUUGGCAUUCGACGAGAAGAUAAGGAUGGAGUCUGUUGGUGAGACUCCCAAGCAGAUAGCUGCUGUGGACACUUCAGAAGCGCCUGAACCGAAGGCAGCAGAUGGUGUCACUGCACCAGCUCUUGCUGGUCAGGAGACUGAGGAUACAGCUGCCAAGGAUUCAGUGGUUGACCAGACCCCUGCUGCAGAAGUCGUGGUCCCUGCAGAGCAGGUUGCACCUGAAACUCCAGUGGAUGCUGCAGAGUUGUUGAAACUGCAGGACAAGAACGAACCAGAUGCUGGUGAUGCCAAAUCGUCAACAAGGGAGGUGCCUUCAGCUGUGGUGGAAGCAGUGGCUGCCCCUGUCAAAGAGCUUCAAGAACCAGUCUCAAGUGGAGCUGCUUCUGCCAUGGAUGCAAUAUCACAGUCGUCAGCAGCCUCAAAGGUGGAAGCUGCUGGUGCUGCAGUUGGUGUGACGACGCCGGCAGCACCACAGGCAAAUGGCGUAGCUGCAGACUUGACAUCCGUUGAUGCAACACAAGGGGUGCAAGAGCGUGCGGUGCCCUCAGAAGUGAUCGUAGAAGUCAAAGGAGCUGCCACAGACGAGCAGACGAAGGUCUCAAUGACGGAGUCCCAGCCUGAAGUGGCCCAGGGCACCCCAACAGAGAAGGAGGCCGUGGGAGAGCGAGAGACACAGCCCCUCACAGACGCGGAUGAGGCUAAAGGACAGGUGUUGAAGAAUGCUUCGGGAAGAAGGUUUUCUUUGAAGCGUUCAUCCUUCAAGAAGUUGCGGACGGCCGCUGUGUCCAAGUCCAAGUCUGUGCUGGGCUGCUUCGGGGGACUGUUUGGCAAGGACGGCAGCCUUAGCAGGGUUGAGUGA